AUGAAUCCAAAGAAUAAUAAUAAUACUCUAUAUAAUAGGCAACUUGCAAUCUUUAUUCAUUCUCAAUACCAUGGUGGUACAAGCUCAGCUUCGCAUAUAGAAGAUUUAAUAUUAUUAACUCAGAAUAAUCACCUUAAUGAAAUAUUAAAACUUGAGAAUACUAUUAAACCAAUCUGGGUUCUUUUGGUGGAUGGAGGUAUGUCAACACUUUCACAGAAGCUUGCAAGAAUUGUUUUGCCAGCUGAUAAAUACAGUUCUUAUCUAAAUUUUCAAGAUGAAGUAAUUAAUCAAAAGCUCGCUAAAAAAAUUUUUAAAUAUGCGGGUAAAGUCUUAUAUGAUCUAUGGAGUCAGGAUCCUAUUUUUGGACAACAAGAUAUAACAAAGUAUACAGACCAAAGAGCCUUUCCAUUUGAUGAUGUCAUAUUUCUUGAAUCUAAUGAUAAUAAUACUAAUGAACCUACUUGGAGGUGGCUAGAAAACCACACUAAAAUAUGUCAAUAUUCUAUUGAUAUUAGAAAAUAUGAUAACACUCAGUGUUGUACAUCUAAACAUUGUAAAGAUGCAGCUGAUUUUCUUGUGUUAAAUGAUGGCUUUUUUCCUUCAGUUAUAAAAGGAAAUGAUGGACAUUAUUUAAAUUUACUUUAUGUAUUGAAGUUUUAUAAUAUAGACAAAUUACCUGGUUUAAUGAUUACUCAAUAUAUGAGAAAUCAACAUCCAAAAUGA